GACGACAUAGGGUAUCAGGUCAUCCGUUAAAUCUACCAAGGUAAAUCUGGCGAUUUAGGUCAACGAGAAAUCCGAAACUGAAUCAAUUCUAAUUAAAAUAAAUGGCAUCAAUCGACAUUAGACUGAAGAAAGUCAACAAAAUCUAUCACGAAAAUGAAAAAAUAUCUGGAACAAUAGUGGUUGAUGGAAGAGGAGAAGUUGUACAUAAUGGCAUUACGCUAAUAAUUGAAGGGACUGUAAACAUGCAACUUAGUGCUAAAAGUGUUGGUUUGUUUGAAGCUUUUUACAAUUCAGUAAAGCCGAUAACACUGCUAAGUAGUUCACUUGAAGUUGCCAAGCCUGGAAAGCUUCCAAGUGGUCGCACAGAAAUUCCAUUUGAAUUAACACUGAAGUGUUUGAAAAAUAAGAAAUUGUUUGAAAGUUAUCAUGGAGUUUUUAUUAAUAUUCAGUAUUUGCUAAAAUGUGAAAUGAAAAGAUCAUUGUUGAAUAAAGAUCUGCAAAAAUCUUGCGAAUUUAUCAUUGAAAAUCCACAACAAAAUGAAGUGGAAUCAGAAAAGCAAAUCCCUUUUAAAAUAUCACCAGACUCAAUCAGUUCAACAAAAAAAAGCACACAUGUCCCCCGUUUUCUGGUCAAGGGGCAUCUAGAUACGGCAGUUUGUAAUAUAGCAAAACCAAUUACUGGUGAACUUGUGGUUGACCAUUCUGAUGUGCCUAUCAAAUCAAUUGAAAUGCAGUUGGUACGGGUAGAAACAUGCGGUUGUGCAGAGGGCUAUGCGAAAGAUGCUACUGAAAUUCAAAAUUUACAGAUUGCUGAUGGUGAUGUAUGCAGAAGGAUGACAAUUCCAUUGUAUAUGAUUUUUCCACGGCUAUUUACAUGUCCAACAUUGGAAACGCCAAAUUUUAAAAUAGAGUUCGAGGUCAAUGUUGUUAUUGUGUUCAAAGACGACCAUUUAGUAACUGAAAAUUUUCCUAUAAGAAUUUAUCGUUAAGCCGAAUUUCCACUUGCAUAUUUUUUUGCCGCAGAAUGGAUUGGAACGGAAUGAAAAGUAUUAAUUUCAAUUUCCACUAUUCCCUUGGAACAGAUAUAUUAAAAUGCGAUUUUGAAAGAACUUGAUGGUUUUUUUUUUCUGAUUUGCUUCUUAAAUCAUUAGGAAAAGUUAAAUUUAAUUCAUCUUUCACUCAGAAUGAAUCAAACAUGUUUGGAAAAAUUUCUGAGUCACGUAGUUAGAAAUUGUCUUGUCGCAUAUUCAGAGAAAUUUUUGUUUCAAUCCUGUCGAUUUCCGAACAAAAAAUAUGCAAGUAAAAAUUCGCCUUUUAGUAUUUGAAUAUAGCUUUUGAUACAUUACUUGAUACAUUAAAUUUUUGUUUCAAUCCUGUCGACUUCCGAACAAAAAAUAUGCAAGUAAAAAUUCGCCUUUUAGUAUUUGAAUAUAGCUUUUGAUACAUAACUUGUAUAUGUAUAUAAUUAAUAUUACUGUUAUAAAUUUGCUUAUUUUAUUUUGCAUUUUGAUUUUGGUGAGAAUCUCUAGUGAGUGUUUUUUGUAUCUAAAAAAUCGAUAAAUUAGAAAUUUAAUUUCCGUUUCAUUUAAUUUUAAAAUGAUUUUUCUACAAUACGCUACUGUGUUAUUGUAUUUAAAGAGAGUAGAGUUGUUUAUAUCAUA